AUGACGUAUGAACAAAAGUUUAUUGUCAAGUAUGACGUGCCACCACUUCAGGCUGUCCAUUGGGAAGGCAUUUGGGUAUCUUUCUCAUCUGUCCGUCCUGAACGUCUGGAAAACGUUAUUGAUGCUGUUUAUCAGAUUGGAAACAGUCGGACCCUCAUUAUUGCUACAAUCGGACUCAUUCUCAGCAUAUCGUUCUUUAACUUCUCCGGCAUUACUGUCACCAAGGAAAUGAAUGCGACUACUUGUAUGGUCUUGGAUAGUGUGAGAACUCUCUUUAUUUGGAUCAUGAGUCUUAGCAUUCGAUGGGAGAGCUUUCAACCUCUUCAGCCUGUUGGUUAUGUAUUACUUGUAUGUGGCACAUUUAUCUACCAUAAUCUGGUGUUUGGACCUCUUUGGAAGAAGAUCAAGGAGCGUGGAGCAAAUUACGAGAAGGAACCACUCUUGUUUGAUAAAGCCUCAGGACAGCAUUCAGGAAUAGGAGUGAAUUAG